AUGGAGACCGACGAGGACGCGCUCUUCCUCCUUGAACUCAUCGUCGACAGCCUGAGCUUGGAAGGACUUGCUUGCUCUGCUGACCAAGCGCUCUCGAUCGGCUUCCAGCUGCUUGCGUUCGACGUUGUCCUGCUGCAUGACGUCCAUCUCAAGGCUACCGAGCAGGCAUGUCUUGUCCAGAAGGGCAAGUCGUGCAUGUUCCGCAUGCCCAUGGACCGUUUCGUGGACGACGUCGCUGCGACGCCGCUCGCUCUCAUGGUAUUGAAGACCUCCAAUACGACCUCAAUGCAGCUCCUCGCGUUCACGUGCAUCGACUUGCCGAUGCCGAGCCGCCACGCGCGCUCGGAACGCGCCGAGUGGGUGCACCUACAGCGUCAAUGGGAGCUCCUCAACCACGCAGGCGACGUCGUGGGCUCCAUUGGCGGCGGCGUCGUGCUGACGUGUCACGGACGAGCGCUGCUGGCGCACUUGCCGCCGUCGUUUGCUGCGACCAUCGACACCAUGGCCCCUGUCCUCGUGGCCCCCUCGCCAGAGAGCAAGCCAGAUACCACUGGUGCCACGUGCUGCACAAAGACUGUCGCCACCGACGCCACCGAUGCGCCCGUGGUGGAGACCUCCGAGCUUGCCAUCCAAUGCAACUUGGCACUCGAAUCGGCCAUCUCGCCAGUGGUGCUCGAGUCGACGCCGUCGCCAGCAAAGCCCGCGAGCGACGCCAUAGCUGAACUUCUGGAGCGACCACCAUCGCCAGCGCUAAUUGCUUCUAUCAGCGAUAGCAUUCCUGGGCUCUUCGAGUCGCUAGCCCCACCGGCGCUCCUCUACCAUUGCCCGCGACGCUCGAAGGAGGCGAGCGAGGAUGCUGCGUGGGGCGACAUGCACAUUGGACCGGCGGACGAUGGAGCACCGCAGCUGCGCUUCACCAAGCCAAGUCGCAACGACGAGCGGUUUGGCUGGUCCGACUAGUUGCGCCAUGGGCCGACGUCCAUCGUCUCGAUCGUGGCACGUCGAGCGUCGUCGGAAGCGACCGAGGCCCUGCGAGUCGCCUCUCCUGCGGCCAGCAAACAAGCGUUGAACACGUAUCCAAGGUGCUCGAAUCUUCCAUACACCGGCACACGCCACGUUCUUUAAAUAUAUCUCCCACCACUGUAAACCAUCA